GGGGGCGCGCGGGGGGCAGAGAGGGAGCGCAAAGGGACGGCGGAGGAGGCAAGCUUAGCUUCCCGGGGCGGAGGCACCGAGAGACUAGGAGAGGACGGGAGGGAGGAGGCGCGUGGGAGCCAUGCUUCUCCCCUCUUCGUCUUCCUCCUACGAUCCCAAAGGUGACUCCUUUGGGAAAUCGGUUGACGAUUCUAUGAGGUCAACUUUGACUUUUGGGGAAAAGCAUUCUGUAUUUACAAGUCAAAACACUGACUAUGGCCAACCAAUGGCUUGCAUUUCAUACCCAUUCAGUGAUUCUGGUUCUGGAGUUUGGGCAGCCUAUGGGUCACAGGCCAUGUUCCAUCCCCUCACCGCGGGAGGAGGGUCAUCUGCAACAGCAAGGGUUCCCCUGCCUCUCGAAUUAGCGGCGGAUGAGCCCAUAUUUGUCAAUCCCAAACAAUACAAUGGGAUUCUCCGGCGAAGGCAGCUGCGCGCUAAGUUAGAGGCCCAGAACAAACUCACCAAAAACAGAAAGCCCUACCUCCAUGAGUCUCGUCAUCUUCACGCAAUGAAGCGAGCAAGAGGCUCCGGUGGACGUUUCCUCAAUUCCAAACAGCUCCAACAGCAGCAGCAGUCUGGCAGUGCCUGCACGAAGGCCAUUGCGGAUGGCGCAAAUUCCUUGGGCUCAACCUAUCUACGGCUGGGUAGUGGCGCAGCCGGAGAUCGACCCACCUCGGCAUCCAAGACGAUAUCCUCGCAGGAGAACAACAAGAGAGUGGCCGCACUGGCUCCCGCCUUCACCAUGAUUCCUGCGGCGCAGAAAGACGACGACUUCUUCCACCAUCACGGUCACCAUCUCAGCUUCUCUGGCCACUUUGGCCAGUCAAGCGAGCGGUAUACGUAAUAACGGGUCUUUGGUGACCCGGUGUGGUCUGAUGAUCAGGCAACUCAUCCUUGGCUUUAUUUCUGGCGUGUUAGGACUUCAGAGAUAGUGUACUACUGUUGUACUGCUGUUGUACUGCUUUGCAGCCCAUAAUUCUGGGCUUUAUGUUCGGUAUGCAAAUGUUGGUGUAAUGGUGUGUGUUGGAACAAAAGUUUUAUGUGUUUACAUGACAAUUUGUUGCGGAA